AUGAAAUUCGCCAUUGUUUUUGCUGCUCUUUUUGCCGUUGCCUUAGCUGCUCCUGCUGAUGUGGAGAUACUUAAGAAUGAGUCUGACGUUGGCCCCGAAUCCUUUCAAUAUGCUUAUGAGACCAGUGACGGAGCCAAGGCCGAAGCCCAAGGCCAAGUGAGGAAUAUUGGAAGUGAACAGGAAGCCCUUGCUGUUCAAGGUUCAUUCUCCUAUAUUUCCGAAGAUGGCCAGACCUACAAAGUACAAUACACAGCAGAUGAAAAUGGUUUCCAAGCUUAUGGUGAUCACCUACCAGUUGCUCCAGAAGCCUAA